AUGACCGUUCGGCGUCGGGCGGUUCCCCUUCCCUUCCUUCUUCUGUCUGUUUGCAGGACAGUGGCCAAUCAUGGGUGUGCCGCCUUCCAGGGUGCCUGCCUGCCUCUUUUCUUCCCUCUUGGAGCCUUGUUGCAAUUCCAUCCUUCGGCCACCCUUGGACCACGCCCUUGCCAGUCUGCAACCCCCUGCAAAAACCCUGCAAAGCCCUGCCACCUCCCGUCAAGGGACUUGGCCAGUCAGAGUGGUUGGAUGAAGCGGCUCGAAGGGUUGCGGGUGCAAGAGGCGUCAGUGGGCGUCAUGGUGGGCGACCGACCUUUGGAACAGUCAACAAGUCUCCAGGACAUGGAGACAUCUGAAUUGAGUGAUUGCAGAAUCCAUCGUCUGGGUCUGGGGUCCUCGUCGGGCGUGGAGCAGGUCACUGAUAAGGACGGCUCCUCCUCUGCCUCCAUCUCCACCGCCUACCCCGUCUUCGGCCGUCACGCAAUUCCCCAUUUUUUUUUAGUUAUUCGCUUGACUGAUUGA